AUGUACUAUCAGGCUUUUGGUCUUGAUAAUGAGUCUCUGAAGAGCCUUGCUGAUAGAACAAAUGUGCCAGUGGAGGAGCUGAAAGCAAUCCUCAAGUCCCCUCUGAACAAGGAGAUAUCCCAAGACAUGGUUAUCAAAAUGCUGACCAAAACAACUGGGGCAACAUUGAUGCUGGUUGAGUACUUAUUGAGUACCAUUCCAGUCUUUGGCUCCACAGCUGCAUGUGGCAUUUCAUAUGGCACCACCUACUACAUGCUGAACAACUGUCUGAAUGAGCUGGCCGAAGAUGCACAAAAUGUACUGAUGAAGGCACUGAAGGUCGAUGAGUGA